AGGGUCAGGGGGUAAGGACACAUAGUGGGUGCAGGGUUAGAUAAAUAAGCAUACAGUAGUGAGUGCCGGGUCAGGGGGUAAGGACACAUAGUGGGUGCAGGGUUAGAGGAAUAAGCAUACAGUAGUGAGUGCAGGGAGUAAGGACACACAGUGGGUGCAGGGUUAGAGGGAUAAGCAUACAGUAGUGAGUGCAGGGAGUAAGGACACACAGUGGGUGCAGGGUUAGAGGAAUAAGCAUACAGUAGUGAGUGCCGGGUCAGGGGGUAAGGACACAUAGUGGGUGCAGGGUUAGAGGAAUAAGCAUACAGUAGUGAGUGCCGGGUCAGGGGGUAAGGACACAUAGUGGGUGCAGGAUUAGAGGAAUAAGCAUACAGUAGUGAGUGCCGGGUCAGGGGGUAAGGACACAUAGUGGGUGCAGGGUUAGAGGAAUAAGCAUACAGUAGUGAGUGCAGGGACAGGGGGUAAGAACACAUAGUGGGUGCAGGAUUAGAGGAAUAAGCAUACAGUAGUGAGUGCCGGGUCAGGGGGUAAGGUCACAUAGUGGGUGCAGGGUUAGAGGAAUAAGCAUACAGUAGUGAGUGCCGGGUCAGGGGGUAAGGACACAUAGUGGGUGCAGGAUUAGAAGAAUAAGCAUACACAGUAGUGAGUGCAGGGACAGGGGGUAAGAACACAUAGUGGGUGCAGGAUUAGAGGAAUAAGCAUACAGUAGUGGGUGCAGGGUUAGAGGGAUAAGCAUACAGUAGUGAGUGCAGGGAGUAAGGACACACAGUGGGUGCAGGGUUAGAGGAAUAAGCAUACAGUAGUGAGUGCCGGGUCAGGGGGUAAGGACACAUAGUGGGUGCAGGGUUAGAGGAAUAAGCAUACAGUAGUGAGUGCAGGGAGUAAGGACACACAGUGGGUGCAGGGUUAGAGGAAUAAGCAUACAGUAGUGAGUGCCGGGUCAGGGGGUAAGGACACAUAGUGGGUGCAGGAUUAGAGGAAUAAGCAUACAGUAGUGAGUGCUGGGUCAGGGGGUAAGGACACAUAGUGGGUGCAGGGUUAGAGGAAUAAGCAUACAGUAGUGAGUGCCGGGUCAGGGGGUAAGGACACAGAGUGGGUUCAGGGUCAGGCGGGUAAGGACUUAAUAUUCAGUGCAAGGUCAGGGUAUGGACACAGUGGGUGCAGGGUUAGAGGAGUAAGCAUACAGUAGUGAGUGCCGGGUCAGGGGGUAAGGACACAUAGUGGGUGCAGGGUUAGAGGAAUAAGCAUACAGUAGUGAGUGCCGGGUCAGGGGGUAAGGACACAUAGUGGGUGCAGGAUUAGAAGAAUAAGCAUACACAGUAUUGAGUGCAGGGUCAGGGGGUAAGAACACAUAGUGGGUGCAGGAUUAGAGGAAUAAGCAUACAGUAGUGAGUGCCGGGUCAGGGGGUAAGGACACAUAGUGGAUACAGGAUUAGAAGAAUAAGCAUACACAGUAGUGAGUGCCGGGUCAGGGGGUAAGGACACAUAGUGGGUUCAGGAUUAGAAGAAUAAGCAUACACAUAGUGGGUUCAGGGUCAGGCGGGUAAAGACUUAGUAUUUAGUGCAGGGUCAGGGUAAGGACACAUAGUGGGUGCAGGGUUGGGGUAAUAAGCAUACAGUAGUGAGUACAGUGUCAGGACACAUAGUGGGUGCAGGGUUAGAGGGAUAUGCAUACACAGUAGUGAGUGCAGGGACAGGGGGUAAGAACACAUAGUGGGAGCAGGAUUAGAGGGAUAAGCAUACAGUAGUGAGUGCAGGGAGUAAGGACACACAGUGGGUGCAGGGUUAGAGGAAUAAGCAUACAGUAGUGAGUGCCGGGUCAGGGGGUAAGGACACAUAGUGGGUGCAGGGUUAGAGGAAUAAGCAUACAGUAGUGAGUGCAGGGAGUAAGGACACACAGUGGGUGCAGGGUUAGAGGAAUAAGCAUACAGUAGUGAGUGCCGGGUCAGGGGGUAAGGACACAUAGUGGGUGCAGGAUUAGAGGAAUAAGCAUACAGUAGUAAGUGCUGGGUCAGGGGGUAAGGACACAUAGUGGGUGCAGGGUUAGAGGAAUAAGCAUACAGUAGUGAGUGCCGGGUCAGGGGGUAAGGACACAUAGUGGGUUCAGGGUCAGGCGGGUAAGGACUUAAUAUUCAGUGCAGGGUCAGGGUAUGGACACAGUGGGUGCAGGGUUAGAGGAAUAAGCAUACAGUAGUGAGUGCCGGGUCAGGGGGUAAGGACACAUAGUGGGUGCAGGGUUAGAGGAAUAAGCAUACAGUAGUGAGUGCCGGGUCAGGGGGUAAGGACACAUAGUGGGUGCAGGAUUAGAAGAAUAAGCAUACACAGUAUUGAGUGCAGGGUCAGGGGGUAAGAACACAUAGUGGGUGCAGGAUUAGAGGAAUAAGCAUACAGUAGUGAGUGCCGGGUCAGGGGGUAAGGACACAUAGUGGGUACAGGAUUAGAAGAAUAAGCAUACACAGUAGUGAGUGCCGGGUCAGGGGGUAAGGACACAUAGUGGGUUCAGGAUUAGAAGAAUAAGCAUACACAUAGUGGUUUCAGGGUCAGGCGGGUAAACACUUAGUAUUUAGUGCAGGGUCAGGGUAAGGACACAUAGUGGGUGCAGGGUUGGGGUAAUAAGCAUACAGUAGUGAGUACAGUGUCAGGACACAUAGUGGGUGCAGGGUUAGAGGGAUAUGCAUACACAGUAGUGAGUGCAGGGUCAGGGGGUAAGGACACUGUGUGCAGGGUUAUAGGGAUAAGAAUACAGUAGUGAGUACAGGGUCAGGGGGUAAGGGCACAGUAUAGGCUGCAGGGUUAGGGGUCUAAUGGUGCAUUGUGAGGGUCAGGGUACCAUAGUGCUGUGCCAAUAGUAUGUCAGUGCAUUUCUGAAACAUUCACAGGACCUGUCAGUGAGGGCAGAAUAUUGGAGUGCCGGGGAGAAGGGAACAGCUGUAGAGCAUUAUUGGGUAGACAGGACAGUUCACCAGAGUGCAGGAGAAUACAGAGCAGAGAUAAAGAGGACCAGAGAGAAAGUGACUGACAGCAGUCAGAGAACAGGAAUAAUAGGAGACAAAGAGGAGAGACUGCUGGGAGCAAAGAGCUAACUAGAGAACAGAUUGCAGACAGAACAGGUUGCAGGGAGCUGGAGAUAGAGCGGAGAAAGAGACUGGCACUGGAGAGAGCGAGAGAGAAGCCAGGGAGCACAGUGAGUGACAAGGAUAGAGAGGGGGGCAGGGAGCUCAGAGAUUAGCACACAGACGGGAGGUAUCUGAAAUAAAUCAGACCGCAAAGCAAAAGAACAGAGACAGCCAACAACAGCUCAGGUGGCAAGUGGUCCAGAGGGACUAAGGGACUACAGAUACAGCAGAAGGAGGCUGCACAGAAAGCAAGACUGAGUGCUGCUUGGGAGCAAGGACCUGUACUGUACAGAGAGAGCAAGCCGCUUGGACACCUGCAUGAGUCUGAAGAGCCCGUGUGUGGCUGUGAGAUAGCUGGGAUACACAUCCAUUAGAGAGAGUUCCCCUGUGGCCGUAUGGUAGACGGGACACCUGCAGAUCAGGGAGCACAGUGCUGGCUCAGUGGGUGUGCAGGCUCCUGAUCCAGCCUAGGGAGCGUAGUGCCGGCUGCCUAGGAGUUCCAGCACCUCAGCCAUCUCAGAGACCCGGAGAAGAAGAGAGAUGCUGUGCCAGCUGCACUAGUCCGGCCACCUCGUCCUCUUCCCAGCCACUUCCAGGGUUCCACAGUCAGCGUCACAUUGUGGGAUCACAUAUUGGCUGUAGUGACCACAUCCCAUAUUAUAGACGCCUACUGGUCCCACCAUGUCCAGGAAGAAGAGUCAGAAGAGUAAGAGCAGCAGCUCGGCCGCGUCCUGCAGCAUACCACCCACCAAGGAUAAUGGCAAGGUGGGCAGCGACUCUCACAGCAAUGGCAUGGUUAUGUCCGGGCGCCCGUCCCUCAGCAACAGCGGAGAGUUCUACGACAUUGCUUUUAAGGUGAUGCUGGUGGGAGAUUCUGGAGUGGGGAAGACGUGUCUGCUCGUCAGAUUUAAGGACGGGGCCUUCCUGGCCGGAAGCUUCAUUUCAACCGUCGGGAUUGACUUUCGGAACAAAGUGUUGAAUGUGGAUGGUGUUAAAGUUAAGCUACAGAUCUGGGACACCGCUGGACAGGAGAGAUUCCGCAGUGUCACGCACGCCUAUUACAGAGACGCCCACGCCCUGCUUCUGCUGUAUGAUGUCACGAAUAAGAGCUCAUUCGACAAUAUCCAGGCCUGGCUGACGGAGAUUCACGAGUAUGCCCAGAAGGACGUGGUCAUCAUGCUGCUAGGGAACAAGGUGGAUUCCACUCAUGAACGAGUGGUCAAGAUAGAAGAUGGAGAGCGGCUGGCUAAGGAAUUCGGUGUGCCGUUUAUGGAGACCAGUGCCAAGAUUGGGCUGAAUGUGGACUUGGCAUUCACAGCCAUUGCAAAAGAGCUCAAACACCGGUCCAUGAAGCUGCCCAACGAACCAAAAUUUAAACUCCACGAUUACGUCAAGAAAGAAGUAAAGGGCUCAGGCUGCUGUAAAUCCUGAUCCGACUGCUGCCUGGAAAGAUUACCAGCUUGGUAUCUGUACAAAAGACGGAGGAGAACAUUCAGCAUUUCCACAGGGGCUGCUCCAGAGCCUAUCUGACACCACCCCUACCAUUGUGGAAGAGCAUUAUCUGUGCAUGUCUGUGUUUGUAUCUGUGAGGGUAGCAAUCCAAUAUUUAACAAAAGGACAUCUAAAUCACAAGAGCCAAGCCCUAUUAUACACACAGUCUAUGCCCUGAUGUAGGAAGACCAUUUGGGCCUGUUGCAUGUUCCAAACUACAGAAUCUUUCAUCUUCUGAACAUUCCCACUUUGAGCAUGCAUCAGUGUGUUUGGAAGUCCUCUCCGAGCAGUGUUAUUGUGCAAGGAUAUCUAGUGUUGCAAAUGUCUAUAUCUGACUGUCCUAAGGGAGAGGUCUGCAAGAACUUGAGAAACUCACAAUGAAUGUAAAUACAGGGAGUUUGCCUCACAAAAUGCACUGACUAUAAUCAGGGACCAGUUGCUCAUGCUUGCAAGAAUUCUCUCAGAUAAGUCAGCUUAAAGCACAUCUCCCGUCCAUCUGCUGAAGGUUAAGCUGUCCUUUUGACCUCCACAUUUGCGGCUUGCAGCAUUUUCUAUUUCACCAUUUUAGCCAGAUGACAAAACACGCAAAUUGAGCUUGGUGUUCCAGCGUAACAAGUACAGACUACAAUCCCACUAGCUAAUGUAGUGUAGCCUUUACCCUGGCCAUGUACAGUCCAUUAAUUCACUGCAAUCAUGGCUCUAAGCCUGGUUUUAAGAAGGGACAAUUAUCUUGGUAGCCUUCCCUGCUUCAAGACAGGCCCUUAAUAAAAUCCAUGCUUUAUACACAGUACUCAUCCUAAACUUACUGAGGGCUGGACCACCGCCUGACUUGUCUACAUGAAGAGGUAGCUUUUCAUCUUAAACACCACACCCAACAAGGACAGGGUAAUCCUGAGUAGACAGGGUGUUUAUUCCAGAAACUGAUUGCGAGAACAGAGACCGCUCUACCUGCUCCCUGUCCUAUAGUGCUGACAUUUUAAAUAUUGUUUAAUGUAUUAUUUUGUAAGACAUUCCAACAAAAAUAAAAUGGUUGUGCUUAAA